AUGAUCAUACGGUUGUUCUGCUUCUUCUUCAGUCUUCUUAUCUCCAUUACUUUAUGUUGUUUACUGGAAAACGGAAGGAGUGCCGUAUACCUAUCAGUUCCAGAAGAUGUGGAACCCGGUGAGGUUAUUGGUCAUAUGCCGAUUGAAGGCGGUACAGACGGUUUAAAUCCACAUGUCGAAUUACGGGUGGUUAAAGGAGACGAUAUCGCUCAGAUAUUACCGAAUUCAAAAAAGCUAGUACUUGAAAAAAAACUGGACAGGGAUGAAGGCCAGGGAAAAUUCGAACUAGUUGUCGAAUGUCUAUCGCAAAAUCUUGACAGUGAUUUUAGCCAGCUAAACAUCUCAGUGUUUAUCACCGUGCAAGAUGUAAAUGACAAUCCACCGGUAUUUGACGCAAUCGAGUACAAUAUUACAAUCAAGGAAGAAUUGCCCAUAGGCACCAUCGUCUUCACAGAUUUCGAAGCAACUGAUCGUGAUCAACCUGGACCGAAUAGCUUCGUAUUGUAUUCGAUAGGAUCGGGCCCAUUAUCUGAACUAUUCGAAAUCAGUGAUCCGUUUCGUCCUGUGGUUGCGGUAAAGAAUGAUGAAGUGGUCGUUGAACCAGAAGCAAUUAAAGCGAGUGACGGUGAUGAACUAGAUGCCGACAUAGAAUAUGGAAUCUUCGGAGGUAAUUUUUUACAAGUUCAACAUUUUCUGAGCAAACAGAGAAGACGGGAGGCCGAGAAGGAGAGUUCCGCUGUAGAUGAAUUGGUGCAUGCGACAUUUUUGCCGGCUCGCGAAAAAGGCAGUUCGGAAAAGAACACUACUGCAAUCUUUUCUCUUAUUCUUGAAAAAACAAUACGCUUCGAAUACGAUUCCUAUUCUAUCAAGGAUUCGGCUGUACGAUAUUCUUUAGGAAAUGCUUAUGCUGUUGUGUCUAUUGGAGAGACGACCGGUCAGCUCACAUAUUCUGGAUUGCUCAAGGCGAAAGCUGGAAUAAUUCAAUAUGAAUUAUUGGCAACCAAUAGGAUAGAGGCUGCAAAAGCACAACUGAUAGUGAUUGUUGAAACGGAAUCCGACUACUGUGCUCGCAUGGAAUUCGAAAAGUCAGAGUAUCACCUUCAGAUUGGUUCAUUGCCAGUGUUAGGAACGAUUAACGUUCGUGGGCAAAAAAAGCCGGAUUAUAAGCUUAUGAAUAUGAACAAAUACUUUCUUGUGGACCGAGAUGGAGUUGUUCGCCUUCAGCAAAAUUCUCGUCCACCGUGUGGCAUUUGUGAGUUGGUGGUUUUGGCAACUCGUGAUGAUGGCGCUACAAGUGUAGCUAAAAUCACAGUCAGGAAUCCAUCGUCUACUGUUUCACAAUCAUCGAUACUCACAGUGAUGGUUUUCAUAAUCAUUGCUUUUGUCGUCUCUUUAUUGCUAGUGUUCGUGUUUCGGAAGAUGCACUAUGUUAGCCAUUACGUCGUAAAUGUCGAUAAGGAGAAGAAUUUCGAAGCCACAAAAUCACCAGCGCCGAAACGAACCGCAGGAGCUCAUCUCGUGCCGGUCACAGUGACCACACAUGAUGGAGCACCGACUGUAUAUUUUUGA